AUGGAGCUUCACUUUUCGGAGAUAAUAAUCCGAGGCAAUAGAUCUUUUUACAGUCUUGGAAGACGGAUAUUUGAUAUCUAUAUUCAGGAGAAACUGGUGUGGAAGGAUUUUGACAUUGAAAAGGAAGCACAAGGGGUUGAUAAGGAAGUCAUUAAGGAACUUAAAGCAGUUGAGGUUAAGAACAAAACUUUAGAGAUCCGAUUUCAUUGGUCUGGGAAAGGGACAACAGCUUCUCCAACGAGAGGAACAUACGGUCCUCUUAUAUCAGCUAUCUCUCUAGAGUCUGAGUUCCCGCCUCCUCGUGAUAAGAAAAGCAAGGUACCUAUUGUGGUGGGAGCUUCAGUUGGAGCUUCGGUUUUAUGCCUCAUUUUCUUGAUUUUAGGCAUUCUUUGGUGGAAAGGCAGUCUGGAUAGCAAGACAUCAAGGGAAAAAGCUCUUAGAGAACUGGAUCUGCAAACUGGAUUUUUCACCUUCAGGCAAAUUAAAGCUGCCACUAACAACUUUGAUCUUAAAAACAAAAUUGGGGAAGGCGGUUUUGGGUCUGUCUACAAGGGUAUAUUGUUGGAUGGUACUAUAAUCGCAGUUAAGCAACUAUCUUCAAAAUCUAAGCAAGGAAACCGUGAGUUUGUCAAUGAAAUAGGCAUGAUUUCUGGUUUACAACAU